GCGCUUGUGUAUAUAAGACUGCGCUGGUAAUUGCACUACUGCCGAACAUUUUUGUGCAUGUCAAAAAUAGCAAACAGACGCGUGAGAAACCGUUUUCUACUGCUUCGGUUUUUCUACUUGGUUUACGUGAAAUUCACAAAAUCUGCGAGCAUGUCGAUCACGAUGGAGCCCGAAGACUACGACUCGCCCUGGUACUCGUAUUUUGAAGCGCAAAAAUCACUGCCCAGAUUUGCCAUGUCCAACUUCCAGAAUACUUCUAGCAGACAGCCGGCCAAGGACGAAGACGCGGAUUCCUUAACCGCCGUAUCCACGUUUCUCCAGCUAAAGCAGCAAGGCCGAGAUAUUAAACUUGAAGAUUUCAUCGAAAGCGUAUUCAAAUCGCCUGGUCUCAGUACUUUAGAAAACACGGUGGAAAAUUUGUCCAAUAAUUAUGCGUACGUUCAGAAGCCGUUCGACAGUGUUCCAGCCGAUGUUCUGCAGACGCUGCUGGCGGAGAGUUUUGUCCAGAAAGGCCAACUGGAGCGGACGGAUCCCAGUUUGAUGGCUGGGCAUUAUUUAAUUUUACUGAAACGAAUUUGGCAUUUAUUCGCUAAACAUAGUUUUGUCAUUGUCGACGACAAUAACGUCCUGCGUGGGGUGGCGACAUCGGCGGAUGCGACGGAUUUUGCUAAUCUCCCAUUGGAUGGUUUGCAUCCGCAUCUGAUCAAUGUCUUCCAAUAUCUCGAUGACAUCACGGCGCGUGUUGCCGGUCAGUUCCCGGCUAACCCGUCGGUUCCAGGAGAAGCAAAUGCUCAUUUCUUAAUGGGAACGCCUUUAUACAACACUCCUAAAGAAAAUGUGUAUGCCAUGUAUCUCUUAGCCAAACUAUCCCAUGAAAAAGCUACAAAAGAUGGAUUCAAAAUAUCCAUAGCGCAAAAUACAAGUCCUCUUACCCAGCAACUAGCGGAAAUGUUUGGAUGCACACGUUUUCUGACUGAUCAGCCACAUGCAUGGACCAAUGCAAGAGGUGAGAAACCGUUUGCAAACUGCCCCGGUGAUUUCACGGUGACGGUCGAUGUCGGGAACUACUGCUCUGCUGGUCGCUAGAAGGAACGGCUGUAUCCGCUUCCCGGGGAACUUAUAAUUUUGGAUCACAAGAUUUUGGCGUUAUCGAUUCUUUCCAUAAUUUAGUAUUCACAAAAUAAUAUGGUCUCUCUAAAAAUUGCAGCUACGUAUACAGUAUAUCUGUAUAUGGUAUACAUAAUUAUAUAGUUUUGCUUACGUACAGCUGGUUUCCUAUCUGCGAAAAUUUAAAGAACUUACUGUGGUUCUUUUGCAUUAAUUUCGAUUUAAAAAAAUCUGAACUGCGUGUG